AUGUCCGGCCCGCCGCCUCCUCUGCCGCCGUACGUGGUGGCCUUCGGCCCCAAGUCCAACUGCACCCUCGACAUCUGCGACAUCCGGUACAGCCUCUACCAGUACCGCCCGAACCUCGCCGUGAACGCCCUCUUCCUCGCCCUGUUCGGCCUCGCCGGCCUCAUCCACAUUUUCCUCGGCAUCCGCUGGCGAUCAUACUGGUUCAUGACCUUCAUGGUCCUCGGCUGCCUCAGCGAGAUCGUCGGCUACGUCGGCCGCAUCCUCCUCUACAAGAACCCCUUCGCUUUCAUCCCCUUCAUGCUCCAGAUCGUCUUCAUCACCAGCGGGCCCGUAUGGUACACCGCCGCCAUCUACGUGACCCUCUCCAAGUCAAUCACGCACCUGAGCCCCGAACUCGCCCGCAUCCCCCCGAAGGCGCUGUACUGGCUCUUCAUCUGCCUGGACGUCUCGUGCCUGGCCAUCCAGGCGGCCGGCGGCGCCCUCAGCACGACGUCCAAGGGCAGCUCGGACCUGGGCGUCGACCUGGCCAUGGCGGGGCUGGUGAUCCAGGUCGUCGUCAUCGUGGGCUUCUGCGCCGUCUUCGCGGACUACAUGAUCCGGUACUCGAGGUCGCAGUACUCGCGCGCGCUGACGCGGAGGGAGAAGGUCUUCUUCUCGUUCCUGGCGACGGCUAUCGUGCUCAUCCUCGCGCGGUGCGCGUACCGUGUCGAUGAGCUGAGCGAGGGGUACUCGAACUCGACGAAGGUCACGAACGAGGGUCUUUUUAUCGGGUUGGAGGGAGUGCUGAUUAUUCUUGCCGUCUUUGCGCUGUGUCUCGGACACCCUGGCCUCGCCUUCGGAAAGGGAAGCGAGAGGGCAGAGGAGAGGAAAGAGUCGCACUCGAGCGUUGAGAGUGGUAUGAGUGGUAUGACAGACAAGGGCGGAGCCAGGCACGUCUCAUAG